AUGGCAGAACACCCAUCAACCAACCAAGCUCCCGUCCUCAUCACCAAGACCAUCCCAGGCAUAACAACAAUAACAAUAAACCGCCCACAACGGCGCAACGCCAUUGACGACCCAACAGCCCAGAAGCUCACAGCCGCCUUUCUGACCUUCGAAGAAGACCCCACGCAGAAAGUCAUACCCGACGCCGGUGCCAACUUCCGCUCGGGGAACAGAUAUGCAGCCCAUGUCGUCUCACCGAGCAACCACGUCCAAGGGCGCAACAGGGGCCCCAUCGGCCCCUCGCGCAUGCAGCUAACCAAGCCCGUCAUCGCCGCGGUCUCCGGGCACGCUGUUGCCGGCGGUCUCGAGCUCGCCCUGCUUGCCAAUAUCUGUGUCGUCGAAGAAGACGCUGUCUUUGGUGUCUUUUGCCGGCGGUUCGGUGUCCCGCUUAUUGACGGUGGGACUGUCCGGCUGCAGGCUGUAGUUGGACUGGAACGGGCCCUUGAUAUGAUACUUACUGGAAGUGCUGUUGGUGCAACCGAGGCGUUGAGUAUGGGGCUUGCGAAUCGCGUUGUGGCUGAGGGUAAAGGGGUUGAGGAGGCGAUGGCGCUUGCACGGCAGAUCGUUGGCUUUCCGCAGGCGUGUCGGAAUGUGGAUCGGGCGAGUUGUUAUUAUACGGCGUAUAAUACCAGAAGUUUGAGGAUGCUUGGGCGCGAGAGUUUGAGAGGGGAGUUGGAGUGA